AUGAGUCGCAUAGUCGUAACCGUUCACUACAGUGCCUCCAUUGAAAUCGGACAAUGCUUUGAACGUCGGCAUAUUGUUGAAGUCUCCGACGAGGAUGGUAUUCAGUCGCCGGUCCAGCUGUUUGGUGAGUUUAUAGGUCCCGCCCGGGACAAACACCUCCGCUGGACGAGUGGUUACUUCGUCGUUGUAGCGACUCCCGCCGUUCCCGUCAUCGUUGAUGGCGUUUUGCAAGUUUCGAGUGUCGUCUGCGUUGCCGUCCCCGACUGCGUUGUACGACUUCACGUUACGGUAAACGGCAUAGGGGAAGUCACCAGGAAGGAAUGGAGCGUAGACUCUGGCAGCUCCGGACGCUACUUCGAUGGGAGAAGCGGGCUGAAGCACAGCUUGAUCAAGAGGACUAUCCUUCCUCGCUAG